AUGGGUAAUUGCAAUAUCUAAAAUAAUGAAGUUGAAGAUGAUUCAAGUAUAUCAUUUUAGUAGAUUUAGAUCUAUCAGCUAAAAAUUUUUAGUUUAUAGAACUUUUAGGGCAGGGAAGUUUUGGAAAAGUCUGGAAAGUCUAGAGAAGAAAAAAUAAUGAAUAUUUUGCAAUGAAAGUGAUGGCGAAAGCAGAGUAUUAAUUAUUAAUAAGCUAAGAGUAAUAAAGAAAUAGUAGAUUUCUGUUGUGAUGAAUGAGAAAAACUUAUUAACUUCUAUUAGACACCCCUUUUUAGUUAAUUUGAUAGCAGCCUUUUAAGAUAAGAAAAAUUUAUAUCUAACACUUGAUUUAUUGACUGGAGGAGAUUUAAGAUAACAUAUGAAUUAUUCUAAAGUAUUUUCUGAAGAAUAAACAAGUAAUUAUCUUACCAAAUAUAGAAUUUUUUGUUGCUUGUAUGAUAAUAGCCUUAGACUAUCUUCAUUAAUAAGGGAUUAUUCAUAGGGAUCUUAAACCAGAGAAUUUGAUAAUGGAUCAUAAAGGAUAUUUAAGAUUAACAGACUUUGGUUUGGCUUCUUAUUGGAAACCCAAUAAUUCAGAAGAUUUAAGUGGAACUUUAGGUUAUGUAGCACCUGAAAUUAUGUGUAAACAAAACUAUGGAAUAGCUGUUGAUUACUUUGCUUUGGGAGUUAUAACAUAUGAAUGUAUGUUCGGUAAGAGACCAUAUUCAGGCUCAGAUGCUAAUCAAAUUAGAGAUCAAAUGCUAUCUAAAUAAAUUUAAAUUAAAAGAUCUUAACUUCCUAUUGGUUGGACUUUAGAGGCUGGUGAUUUUAUAAAUUAAGUAUCCUAAAUCUAUUAAAUUUAGUUAAUAUAAAGAAAACCAGAAAAUAGAUUAGGUACCUAAUCACCUGAAGAUGUAAAAAAUCAUAAAUGGUUUCAAUAGUUUGAUUGGAAGAAACUAUAAUCAAAAAGUAUGCUUUCACCUUAUCAACCAAAAAGAAAAUUUAAAUUUUCUGAGAGAAAUUUUUGCUAUUAAUAGAGUUCAAAAAAAUUCUUUAAAAAAAUUUAAAACGAUUUGUUAUAAAGUAAUAAAACUAUUUAAGUCUUUAGCUGACUUUCAAGGGUAUUUUUAUGAGGUAGAAAAUGUGAAAAAUAAAUGUUGA